GUCCUUGAUCGACCAUUUGGAAGAACACAAGACCAAUUCAUAUAUACGGCUAUGAGUCACCCACACGAGUAGGCAGUGGAAAGAGUGGUAGCUCUAGCUUCUCCAACUGCGACGACCUGCUGUAGAACCCCUAGCUCGCUCGCCUCCUCCCUCCUCGUGUUCUUGCCGCCGAUCGACGAGCUAGCUACCUCUGCGUCGUGGUUCGGAGAGAGAUCCAUCAUCCAUGGGUUCGGUGAAGGAAGGGAGCCUGAAGCUGAGCAGCCACCACGUGGUGCCGUUCCUCCUCGGUGCAGCUCUGCCCACCAUCCUCCUCUUCGUCUUGGCCUCCGACCGGGUCGGGGAGCAGCUGUCCAGCGUCUCCGGCAGCUGGCUGGGGAACAACGGUGGAACUCCUGGGGCGGCUCCUGCAGCGCACCAACAUGAGGUAGAGAGAUUCCCGGGCCUGGCCCAGCUGUUGCCGAAGGUGUGCACGGAGGACCGGACGGUGAUCGUCACGUCGGUGAACGAGGCGUGGGCGCGGCCGGGCUCCCUCCUCGACCUCUACCUCGAGAGCUUCAAGAACGGCGAGGACACCGCGCACCUCCUCGACCACCUCCUCGUUGUCGCCCUCGACCCCGCCGGCUUCCGCCGCUGCGCCGCCGUGCACCCGCACUGCUACCUCCUCGAGGUGACCACCGUGAACCUCACCUCCGCCGCCCAGUUCAUGUCCAAGCAGUACCUCGAGCUCGUCUGGACCAAGCUCGAGCUCCAGCAGCGCGUCCUCGAGCUCGGCUACAACUUCCUCUUCACCGACGCCGACAUGCUCGUGCUCCGGAACCCGCUCCGGCGGAUCCCGGUGUACGCGGACAUGAGCGUGUCCUCCGACGACUUCUCGGCGGCGCGGGCGCACCCGCUGGACAACCCGCUCAACACGGGGCUCUACUACGUGAAGGCCACGAGCCGGGGCGUGCGCAUGCUCCGGUACUGGCGGGCAGCACGGCCGAGGUUCCCCGGCGCGCACGACCAGACCGUGUUCGCCAACAUCAAGCGGGAGCUGGUGGCGAAGCUCGGGGUCACCAUCGAGCCGCUCGACACGGUGUACUUCGGCGGGUUCUGCGAGUACCACGACGACCUCGCCAACGCCUGUACCAUGCACGCCGACUGCUGCGUUGGUGUUGACAACAAGGUGCACGACCUCAAGGACGUCGCCGGUGACUGGAAGAGGUACAAGAGCAUGGCGCCGGAGGAGAGGAAGAGGGUGGGCGGGAAUAUGACAUGGACGGUGCCCGCUCGGUGCCGGAGGUCCGUGAACUGGCGUAAACCCGUGCACCCUUGACGCAGCUGCAGGUCGAUUGACAACUGAUAUGCUACUGCAGUUUUUUGGUCUGUUGACAUUGCCCAGGAUUUAUGUAUACGUACUGAAUAAAUUGUUAGGAAAUACGCUUAGUUCUGAACAGUUUGAGAGAGGAACAGUAGUGCGGUUUCAGAGGGAGACCCGUCGGAAAUUGCUAUUACUUUGAAUGGGUUCAGAAGCACCUGCCAAGCAACGCGCGCUGUCUCUUGAUCGAGCUGCUUUCUUUUUCAAAUAAAUGAAUGAGAGUAUAAUUGGA